AUGUCCCCCGGCCACCCGUUGGGAACGGCUCAGCAGCCUAAAGUCUAUGAAGUGACCAUCUCCACCUUCAACGAUGAACUGACACCUCCAUACCACUCAGUGCCUCUCUACUGCAGCAUCUCUCCUCAACCAGACGAGCCGUUGUUUUAUCGAUGGACACAUUCCGUUAAUGACCAAUACGUUUCGGCCACUGCCACCUCUCCUUAUGCCUUUUACAAGCCGCUAUUCAACCACCCUCGAUAUGGUAGGGUAUUCUGUCAUGUGGAGACAGAGGAAGGGUUUCUAGGCACAGGAAGCAUUCUGUUGGAAGCACAAGGGUACGUUGAAGCUAUUGGGAGAACUGCGGUCAGUCUACAGCCUACCAAACCUCUCACUCUAAGAGGCGAGGUGUCAAGGCAGUACAGCACUGACAACAAGAGCCCACUACUCAACACGAGGGUCUUAACAAGAUGGAGCUAUAACGGAGUCCCUAUUACACAGCAACUAGAAUCUGAUCAACCUACUCUUUCUUUCAACAGAACACAAGAAUCCGAUACUGGAGAGUAUGUACUGAGUGUGUCACAUUUCUACAUUUCAAGAGGCUUUGAUAAAAAUAACGAAACUGAAGGUAAUAUGCUGGGAAUUGCAGGGGAUAUUAACAGGCAAUGCAGUGACAUAGUGCUGAGUACUCUAGGACUGUACGCUAUCUUCAGUCCUGUGGAAUUUCAAGUCAACAUAGGUACUAAACAGAUUCCCGCUGAACCAACUAAAAGUACCCACUAUUAUGAAUUCUUUGAGAAAAAGCAAGUAUAUGUGAUGAUCCAGAUACCACUGCAGUCAAUUCAAGGGAUUGACUAUAACCAACUCUCAGACAACUUCGAACUUAGUUACAAGCUACUCCACAAUGGAAAAAUUAUAUUUGAUACUAUAUAUAGACUUUCUAGCAGAGGUUAUACCAGUAGAGUCAGUGAGUACAGGCUGAUCAAUGACAGCACAGUGGAGGCAAAUCUGACCUUUUUCUCACCUAAGGCAACAGAUGUGGGGAUAUACGAGUACCAGUUCUACGUGAGGAAUGAGGAUGUACAGAGGGUGCUCGAUACAACACAAUGUGACACAAGCUAUCAGAAUUUCCUUGAUGGUGGGAUUCGACUCCUGUUCUUCUUAAUUGGAGAAGCUACAAUUUACAUCAAAAUGGCUGAUCAGAUUUCUGUGAAUGCCAGCAAGUACUACUACAGUAUUGGUGAUGAGGAAGGCUCAACACUAUCAUGCACACUAGCUCAACAGAACAGCAGCGCGCAGGAGCUGAACUGGCAUAAGAAUGGAUACCAAGUGAUGACAACAAAUUCUUCAAGCAUACUAUAUAUUAACAUUUCGGAUACUGUGGAGAAAUUGGACUUUGUGAACGAGUACGGCACGUACACAUGCACUGCUAUGGAAACGGAUGGUCGACAAAGCUCAAAGUCGAUACAUGUUGCAGAAAAAGCAUUCUUCAGUAUCCAGCUCCGUCCCGAAAAUGGCCUGGAUUGUGCAUCAGUGUCAACAGAAGCCGUUAAGACAGCUGUUCUAAGUGAAUUGAGAUCCACCUUCUCCCAAACAUGUAACUGUGACAUCACGCUAGACGAGUUCACCAUGGCAACCAUGUUAUGUGACGAUAACAAUAUGCUCACUUUGAGCUCGGACUUGUUGUUUUCCGACCAAGAUGGAGAACUGACAGCAUCGAGUUUGCUCAGCUCUGCUGCCAGUAGACUUGCGGGAGUUAGGACAUUCAAUGAUGCAACGUUGUUCAUUGAUACCAGCUGUGCCCUAUAAGGGAUGCUCAAGGGCGCUGUAUAGAGGUAAGAGCAACAUGUAACUUUGUCUAUAGUCACACAAUCAUUGCUUAUAUAGGGACAGCCCAGACAGGAGAACGCCCUUUGGGCUUCUAAAUCACGUAGAAACUUCCUAAACAGUGUCUAACUAUUAUAUAGAACACGAUGCUCCCUCCCAGAGGAAAUGUAUGUCUGCAUAAGCCUUUGAACUACCUAUACUACACUAAGAAUUAAGAGCUAAAAGGAAGGUUUAGAACACCGUUUUUAGAACUAAAAAAGAUAAGUACCGGUGUCAUAAAAUUUUAGGCCCCCCGGGCCUAGAAUUUUAACAUUCUAGGCCCCCCCCUUAACAGCGCUGUUAAUGUUGCAGUAAUAAUUAUUAUUUAUGAGCAUUGAAUGUGUAUUCUCAACAACAUAUAAAAUCAGCUAUAUAUAUUUACAGUCUAUGCAGUGCCAGUUGCUGAAUGAAGCUCUCCUCACAUGUACACACACACAUUUCAUGCAACUGGUCGACCGGCUGGUCACAGACCAUUCCAUGAAUCAGGCCUCAUGCAGCACGAAGCAUAUAGGGGCCAACUGUCCCGAAUUGGUCAGCUGGGUUACUCCAAAAAGCUUCAAACAAUGAGUUUUACACAAGAGAAACUAGCUCGAUCAGUCUAAUAAGUGGGCAGGCUCACUUGCUUGUGCAUUUAUUACAUGCAUGUACUGUGAUUCCACCAUAGAUAAAAGAGUCUCUCUCUUAUUCUCUCUAUGAUUCCAUAUUGAGAGCUGAGCUAGUGAUGCUAUAUACUGGAGCAUCUCCAAAGCAAUUUACAUCGAUCUUCUUCCAAGGAAAACAUACGGAAGAAGAUAUGAAUUGUUGUCUUUGCACUGAAAAUCGUGUGCUUUAUAAUUAUUGUGAUUUCACAAAAUUUCGCCUCCUUUGGCAGCCAGCCGUUCGGGGGAUAACACUACCAUGUGUUGUCCUGCUGGGAAAGUUGGAAUGGCGAAGCUAGCACGAAGUUGUAAAUAAUUUAUGGCGAUAGCUAUAUCAGUAUGCACAACAUCGAUUGUCUUACAGGCAGAUCCAACAUUGCAGAACUGCAUCAAAGCAUUUAACUGUUAUAUAGGUAUAAGCAUGAGUAACUUGAAGGUAAAUCUUCCUUCACUUUGAAUUCCAUGAUAGCUAACAUUUUUGCUAGUACUUUUGUACAGAGUCUUUGCAUGCAUGUCUCUUUGAUGCUUUGUCAACUAAUAGAGCUAACCUUACCAUAAUAUUAUAUCUAUUUAACUUCGUUCAUCUUUGUUCUAUCGUGCAGAAAAGGAUAGCAGAAAAGAGGGGGCCUAAUCUCACAGUUGGGGGCCUAGAAUUUUAACAGAAUGGACCCCCUGGGGAAACAUGGGGGCCCAAAAUUUUAUGACACCGGUAGCUGAAAACUGAAUUUUUACACACAACAUAUUAAAAAUUGUGGGCGUGGCUGCGUUUUAGCUGAUUCAGCAAUAAUUGAAGGUCCCAGUCGCUGAUCUAUUAGGCUAGGCAAAGUAGAUUAGUAGUUUCUCAUCAGCCCCCUCAUCACUUUUAGCCUUCCUCCCAAAAAGUUUAUUACCGUAUAGCUAUCUUCUAAUUUAUCGGACAACAAAACUAAUUAUUUUGGAAAUAAUUAUGUCCGGGUAUAAUUGGAACAUAUUUUUAUAGACCACGCGAAGUGUCUGGAAUAAUUAGAACAAGCAAGCAGCUGCAUGCGAGCUAGCUAAGUUUAUUAAUAGAACAGUGUGCGACUGCACUAGCUAUCUAAAACUAGCUACUCAAAGCUAUCUAACUGCAGCACUCUAAGACAUACUUGCCGUCUGUGAAUGUAACUCAACUUUUCAAAGUAUUGUCCGGAUAUUUAAAGCACUGGAGUGAGUGUCCGUUGUAUUAGAACAACGAAAAUUGCCUAAAAGAGUGUCCGGGGUAAUUAGAAGUGUCCGAUAAAUACGGUAUUCAUUAUUUUUGGGGUGUGGCCUAAAUUAAUGAGCCACACCUAUUGUAUAUCAGGGUGUGGUCUACAAUUAAUGAGUUACACCCACCCACAUUUCAAAAUAGAAACCAAUUACUGAUGAUGUAAUGUUUGUUUGUGCAUGAACAUCAUUAAAAUAUUGUACUGUCAGCAUAAUGAAUAAUGAAUAAUGACAUCAUGGCCUCAUCUGAUGAGAAACUAUUAGCCUGGCCUUAUAAAGCUAGUGUCUGCAAUAAUGUCACAACUAUUCGUGAUUUUGUUAUUUUUCCUAGUUCUGACUACAUCUGUCACUGCUGAUGUUGGAAGCACUAGUUGUGAACCAGGAGAGAAUGUGUGCUCAAAGUGUUACGAUGUGCUUGUGAAUGAGAUAAUAGCGAGUGACAAGAAUCGAUUUAAUCUCCAACGUGCCUUCUUCCCACCCGAUACAUCCAAUCCAGUUUUUGUGACAGUGAUAUACUACUUUACGAGAAACAUGUCUGGAAAUGGCUCCACUGACUAUUCUCUAACUUCCCCCAACCAGACCUGGUUUUGGACACAGUCCACUUUCUACUUGUUCCAACCUGUCCAGUCGCUUCAGUACACAUCUCUACUGUUUUCUGACUCUGAUUUCCGGGAGACAAAGGUUUCUCUAUACCUGCAGCCAGACUGUAUGAACGCUGAUCUUGACAUGAUAAAGCUACUGACUCAAAGAUUAAAGCUGUUUGCAAUGCAGCAGAAAAUUCGUUCUCCAAUUACGGAUAGCUACAGUGCCAAAGGAGAGAACCUUAUGACACUGAAGAUGUUUCACAAUGGUGAGAACAUAGCAAUUAUACAAGGACAACACUUUACAAACUACGGAUUUGCCUUUCAAUUUGUCUUUCCUCUAGUCGUGAUGUUUUUUUUCUAUUGGCUGUCACAUCAUUUAGUUGAAAAUGACUCAAAAGGGUUCUUCAAAAAACUAAGAAAAUUUCUAGAACAACCUAACGGAAAUGCUGACCAAGAAGAUGAUAACAUACAUGAUAUGGACAGCAUUAAAGUGUCAACAAGGAAUAUGUACAUUGUUAUUUUAGUGAUAUGCUCAGUAUCGUUCGUUGUGUACGUGAUAGCAUUGGACAUAGUAGCAAUUAUCAAUCGGAAUACUAAAAUGUUUCCGGAAAUCUUCUUUAAGCCAAAUCAAAAUGAGUCAAAAUACGGUAAUGUAAGUUUAGCUUUUAAACUCGAAUAUUCUAUUCCAUCGCUCAUGCUUGUCUACGAUUUGUUGAUUUUUGGGGUCAUGGUAGUAGGAAUGAUUUGUAAACGUUGUGGUGUGCGUAGAGGAAAGUGGUAUCAUAUCGGUAUAGCACCUGCGUCCUGUAUUGUUGUUCACUCUUACCACAUCCUAAUUAGCUUCAUCCAAACUCCACAUCAUGCUGCUAGCAUUUUUAUAUUCUAUGCAGUGAUAAUUCUUAUCUUUUAUGUGACGUUCAAGGCUGCAUAUUAUAAUCUUUUUCAGAUAUUUCAGAGACUUGCUUCAAAUAAGUGCUGCAAAGCCUGCUUUGGAAUUUGUAAUAACUGCCUUUGUAUUUGCCUUGUGUGUUUGUGUUGUCCCUUCAUUUGUUUGGUCCCCUUCUGUCGGUGGUCGCUCUUUUCUUUGUGGACUGAUGAUAUAAUAUGUAAGAUAUGCUGGAAUUGGAGUUGUUGCACACAUCAAAAGUGUUGCCCUGCAUAUAAAGUGCCACAUCCUGUUGUACUGACAAUUAUGAGUCUUAUAUCAUUUUUCUUGUCCUGUUUUAUGGUAUUUGUGGUAGGGCUCUUCGUUAUUAUACCCAUCAACUUGGCUAUUGAUAAUGCACCUGCACGCUUGUUCAGCAUCAACCAGACUGUCCUCGUGUUUAUCGGUGCUGCUAUCACCUACAAACUCUAUCGAAACCAUGCAGGUGCCAACAACAUCAUAGAGCAGUUAGUAAAGGCAAAUAGAGAAUACUUAGCUACUAAUGGAAUCGAUGGUGAACUUAGAGCGUGGAAGGAUUUGGAUAAAGUUGAUAAAGAAAUUAAAAUGGGGAAACUUAUGAUUGCGGCUUUACAUACUAUCAACGCUCCAGCUUUGCAACCAGCUCCAGCUUUGCAGCAACAAGGUCCGCAGCAACCAGCUCCAGCUUUGCAGCAACAAGGCCCCCCCAGCAACCAGCUCCAGCUAGGCAGCAACAACGUUCGUAAUCGACAUAAGCUCUGAUUUUGUUAGCUUGCAUGCAUGGUUAAAUUGUUUUAUUUGUUAGAUCUACAUGUAUAUACAGAUCUGCUUUUAAAUUUCCAGAUUAUAAUUAGUGCUCGUGCACGUAUGUAAAUAAUUAUUCUUUCUAUGGCAA